GUAAACACAAGUAAGUCCUUUUUUUUCCCACUCAUAUUAUAAGUUUCCAAUGGCAAAGUUAACUGAAAAUGGUGGCUACAAAGCUAAUAUGAUAGGCUUUAGCAUCCAUUUUCUCAUGAGCAAAUGGUUCAUGGUUUUUGCUUCUCUUCUAAUCAUGUCAAUGGCUGGUGCAACUUACUUAUUCAGCCUUUAUAGCAAUGAAAUCAAAUCCUCAUUAGGCUAUGAUCAAACAACUUUAAACUUACUAAGUUUCUUCAAAGACUUAGGUGGUAAUGUUGGAAUGAUAUCCGGUUUUAUCAACGAAGUCACUCCAGCAUGGGUAGUUCUAUUAAUGGGAGCCAUCAUGAAUUUCUUUGGUUACUUCAUGGUAUGGCUUGCGAUUGUAGGGCGUAUAGCUAAACCUCCUGUUUGGCAAAUGUGUUUUUACAUAUGCAUUGGUGCAAGUUCUCAGACAUUUGCUAAUACUGGUGUGUUAGUCACUUGUGUCAAGAAUUUCCCCGAAAGCAGGGGAAUUGUACUUGGAUUGUUGAAGGGAUUUGUUGGUUUAAGUGGCGCGAUUAUCACACAAUUGUAUCAUGCUUUCUAUGGAAAUGAUGUGAGGUCUCUUGUUCUGUUAAUUGGUUGGCUGCCUUGUGUUGUUUCUUGCUUAUUUCUACGAAGUGUUCGCGUUAUGAAGGUGGAUAGACAGGCUAACGAGCUUCGAGUUUUCUACAAACUUCUGAUCAUUUCACUUGGCCUAGCUGGUUUUAUCAUGGUUGUAAUUGUUGUUCAAAAUAAGGUAAGUUUCACUAGGGUUGAAUAUGCAGGAAGUGCUGCUGUAGUACUGAUUUUGCUCUUAGCUCCGCUCAUCCUCGUCUUUAAAGAAGAGUUUACCUUGUGGAAAUGUAAGCGACAAGCCUUACAUGAUACUCCACAGGUGAACGUUGUAACAGAAACUCCGUGUUCUGUUCAGCCAGAACCGGAAGAGAUCAGUUGUUUAAAACCAAAUAUCUGGUGGUACAGUAAUGUGUUUAAUCCACCACCAAGGGGUGAGGACUACACAAUACUGCAAGCCAUUUUCAGCUUAGAUUUCUUGAUUCUGUUUACAACGACUACUUUUGGGGUAGGCGGUACACUGACAGCUAUCGACAACUUAGGCCAAAUAGGGAAGGCCUUAGGCUAUCCUUCAACAAGCAUUACAACAUUUGUGUCCUUACUCAGCAUAUGGAACUACCUAGGGCGUGUUGUCUCAGGCUUUGUAUCCGAAAUCUUCUUGUCAAAAUACAAGUUCCCUCGCCCGUUGAUGCUCACAAUAGUCCUCCUCCUGUCAUGUACCGGGCACCUUCUCAUCGCGUUUGGGGUCCCUAAUUCCCUCUACAUUUCUUCAAUCAUAAUGGGGUUCUGUUUUGGAGCACAAUGGCCUUUGAUAUUCGCCAUUGUAUCGGAGAUAUUCGGGCUUAAAUACUACUCAACUUUGUACAAUUUGAGUGGUGGAGCUAGCCCUUUUGGUGCAUAUAUUCUUAAUGUUAGAGUUGCGGGCCAAUGGUAUGAUAAAAUGGCACUGAGACAAAUGAAAACUAAUGGAUUGAUAAGAGGUGUUGGUGAAGAUUUGACUUGUAUUGGUGUGGAGUGUUAUAAAAUGGCCUUUUUGGUUAUCACUGGUGCUACAUUAAUAAGUUGUGUUGUUUCACUUGUUCUAGCAAUUAGAACAAGGGAAUUUUACAAAGGUGAUAUAUAUAAGAAAUUCAGAGUGCAAAGGGAAGCAAUGGUUUCAAAAGAAUUAGUAACAUCAACAACAAAAAAUAUAGAUGAGUAGUUCGAUAUUUGUAUUUCUUACCUAGUCAAUCAAUUAGUUUUUCCGCGUUAAUCAUAUGAAAAGAUCAAAAAAGUUUAAGUGGUGUAUCAUUGUCUCUAGUUUGUCUGUAUUUUUUAAAAUUAAUGAUGUAAUAUUCAAAGUUCACUGAUUCGACUAAUCAAAAAUCUCUAUAUAAUUGUGGGUGAUACGAAUUGAUUGGCUCAGAUUUUGUACUGUUAUCGACAUGGUGGAUGGACCAUGUAUGUUUUUUGUAAGCAAAUUAUUGAAGAAAUGUGAGUUCAA